CCUUAGAGGAUCUCUCUCUCUCUCUCUCUCUCUCUCUCUCUCUCUCUCUCUAUUCAAAUUUUCUCUCACACACAAUACCAUCUUUCUCUAUUUAUGUUGCUCUCUUUUUCUUAAAGGGUAUUUAAAUCGUGAUCUAUCUAUGUACAUGCACCCUGAGCGCCAAUCCCUCAAGACCAUGUUCGCUUUUCGUUUCCUUGGAGCCCUUGCAAGAAUAAACCAACGUAGAUCCUCUUCAUCUGCAGCCACCACCAUCAUCAAACGCAGCCGGAGGAUCAAGCUCGCAGCCGACGCUUCCAUGGCUUCCACUGUCGGUACCAAAAGAGACUGGAGUCGAGCCGUUCUCCGCAAGCUGCGGAACCGAUCUAGGCCCCGCACUAUUCCAAUUAGGACAAAGGUCUCCAUGGCCAAGAGAAAGAGAGCCUUCGGUGGCCCCCAACCUGAGCUCAGCCAAGCUGACAAGCUCCGAUACCUUCUUCCUGGUGGCAAAGCAAUGGAUUUCUGCAGCUUGUUGGACGAAACCGCCAGUUACAUAAAGUGUCUUACAACUCAGGUACAGGUCAUGCAGAAAAUCGCAGAUUCCUUGGGUCUUUAAGGUUAGUUUCAUAUUUUAAAUAAUAUAUACAUGAAAGAAAAAACAAAGAAGAAGAAGAAGAAGAAGAAGAAGAAGAAGAAGAAGAAGAAGAGAGAGAGAGAGAGAGAGAGAGAGAGAGAGAGAGAGAGAGAGUCAUUAGAAUAAACAAUGGAAGAAGGAACAGUUCUAGGUUGGAGUGCUUUUAGCUUUUGUAGACUUGAAUGAGAGAGUUUUAUUACUGUCCUUAAAGGUAAGUCGAUGUACAUUAAAGGGCGUUUGGUGCAUGUAAAAAGGGUUAAUGGGAUUCUAUUUUACAUGUAAAUAGAUUACCUGGUUUACAGUAUUAUGAAUUUAGUUUUUAUUUAUU